CUGCCCGCGCGCUGCCUUCCGCAUUCGGUCGGCAUUUCGCACCGACCCCGGCCCAGAUUCGUUCCCGGUCCUAUAAUAAAAUGACCCAGCUAGCACGUACAUCCAUUCCACAAGACUUCAGCGCGUAACAACUUGUAAUCUCGAUCUCACCUUGUGUUCGAUUUGAUCGGCGAUGGCGUCAUCGCUGCGGGCAUUCGCGGUGCGGCGAGGCGAGCCGGUGCUGGUGAUCCCAGCGGCGCCGACUCCCCGGGAGGUGAAGCCUUUGUCAGACAUCGACGACGGGGAAGGCAUGCGGUUCUACAGCUCGGGCAUCCACCUGUACCGCCGCAACCCGUCCAAACAGAACACGGACCCGGCCAGGGUCAUCAGAGAGGCGCUGGCCAGGGCGCUCGUCCCCUACUACCCGCUGGCCGGCCGUCUGCGCGAGGAGGCCGGGAGGAAGCUCGUGGUGGACUGCGGCGCGCAGGGCGUCAUGUUCGCCGAGGCUGACGCCGACCUCACCGCCGACGACUUCGGCGACCUGCGGUUCUGCCCCCCGUUCCCUUGCUUCGAGCACUUCAUCCUCGAGAGCACCACCAACGCCGGCGCCGAGCCGGUCAUCGGCCGCCCCUUGCUCUAUUUCCAGGUGACGAGGCUCAGGUGCGGGGGCUUCGUCUUCGGGCACCGCGUGUGCCACUGCAUGGCGGACGCGCCGGGCGGCAUGCAGUUCCAGAAGGCCAUCGGCGAGCUUGCCCGGGGCGCCGACGCGCCGCCCGUGGCGCCGGCGUGGGGCAGGGAGAUGUUCAUGGCGCGGCAGCCCCCACAGCCUUGUUACCCGCACCUCGAGUACGUGGAGCCACCAGCAACAGGCGCCAAACCCGACCGGAUGCUUUCGACGCCGCCGGACGCCAUGUCACGCGUCCAUUUCUUCUUCGGGCCCAAGGAGAUCGCGGGGCUGCGUCAGCGCGCGCCGCGAAACAUGAGCUGCUGCUCCCGGUUCGAGCUCGUGGCCGCCGGCAUCUGGCGCAGCCGCACGGCGGCGCUGGGGUACCCUGCCGACGAGGAGGUGCGGCUGUCCAUAAUCGUGAACGCCCGCGGCCGCGGCGUAGUCCCGCUCCCGGAGGGCUUCUAUGGGAACGCGUUCGCGUACUCCGCGGCGGCUACCACGGCCGGGGAGCUCUGCCGCGACAGAGGAGGCCUGGGGCACGCGCUGGAGCUGGUGAAGAAGGCCAAGGCGGCCGUGACGGGCGAGUACCUGCAGUCGGUGGCGGACCUCAUGGUGCUCGCGGGGCGGCCGCUGUUCGCGCUGUCGAGGACGUAUAUCGUGUCGGACGUGAGCCAUGCUGGGUUCAAGGGCGUGGACUUGGGGUGGGGGGAGGCUGUGUAUGGUGGGCCGGCCAAGGGAGGCGAAGGCCCCUUCCCCGGCGUCGCCAACUACUUCUCGCGGUCCAAGAAUGGCAAGGGGGAGGAGGGCAUCCUGGUGCCCGUCUGCCUGCCCGAGGACGCCAUGGACAAGUUCCAGCUCCAGAUCCAAGGUCUCACCUCCGAGCUCUAGGCGCGCAUACGUGUUAUAUGUCACCGUAAGUGUCGUGUCAGCCAUGAAUCUACAGAGGCUCGUCGCAAAUAAAAGUCUCCUCGGUAUGUCUUUUUUUUUU